CGUACCUGCGCAUUGCUAGCUGUGCCCCCUUCUCUCGCCCGCCAUGAGCUCCUACAUUGAUUGGAACAAGACUACCAAGUCCAAGGACUACCGCGGAUCCACGUCCUUUGCGACGUUUCUCGUCAUCGGCCCAACAUGCUUCUUCCUGGGCAUCCUCUUCGCGUCGUUCCCGUACGACUUUCCCCUCCUGUGGACCAAGGAGCCGGUCGCCGCCGACUACUACGACAUGCUUGAGACGCACCUCAAGUUCGUUCACCAGUCGCCCCCGCUCAUAGGGCGCCUUCUCAAUAUCAUUAUGAGCGUGGGCUUCCUCGGCCUCUUCAUCAAGCUCUUCCGCCCCAGCGAGGCCAACUUUCUCUUUGACGGCGCCUCACUGAUUCUGUACCUCAUCGGCGUUGCCGUCUACAUCUCCAACAUUGUCAAGGGCCUGCGCACCGUCAGCUCUGGCUUCUGGCACACGGAGGAGUUCGCCGCUUCUCAGGGCCGGUUCGAAGGCGAGAUUGUCCUUGGUCGUGAGGACAGCCUCAAGGUGCUGGCAGCGAGCAAUACCAUUCUGGCUCUGGUAUUGGUGGGCAUUCUCGUGCUGCAAGCAGGACAGUGGUAUGCCGAGAAGAGGGAUUUGGACGAUGAGAAGGAAGUGGCCAAGAAGGAGGCCAAGAAGAAGCAGUGAUGCGAUGAAGCCUGUGGUUACGCGGGAACAUCUGCGGUCCUACUAACGGUGAGAUGAUCAUGGCAUGGUAUUACGACUAGGUGGUGUAUUUGUAGCAUCGGGUUUACCGGAUCUCCGCGAGGUUGGAUAGUACAAAUCUCUCGUAUGGCCGAUUGAUGCCUUGACGGCAGGCCACUUAUAAUAAUACACUAUAGACUGCCCCAGCAG